GUUGUUAUGACUACGAGGUCGUAAAUCCGCCAUGUUUUCCCCCCUUGUGGCGGCGUUGCGACAGAGACGGAGAAUUCGAACGACAUGAAUGUAGAAAAUAAUCAUACGGCAGAAACAGAAAGGGAGCAAACGACGAACGGCAACGAGACGAUCACCAUUGAGACAACACUGGGAGACGAAGAUGAAGAUGUGCACAAGUGCGGACGCUGUCAGUCCGAGUUUUCCACGCUGGAGGCUUUCAUCCAGCACAAGCUGCAACACAACUGCAAACGUGUGGAGUCACGGGAGGCGAGCAGCCAGGAGGCCAAUCAAGAGGUUACUGCAGCCAAUGGAAGUUCUUCAGAGGUGAAAACAGCUGAAGGUGCAUCCUCAGAGGAACCAGUGAAGGCCACUAAUGAUGAAAGCAGUGGCAUAUUGGGUCGAGGUCGCAGGAAGAAAAACGUUUCGCUCAAAGUCACUGACCACUCAGAUGGGACUGAAGGAUCUUUAUCUGACAAUGCUGACAGUGACAAGCCUGUGUACAAAGUCAACCAAGAGGGACGCUACAUUUGCCAACUUUGUGACAAGACAUUUAAAACAACCAACAUCUUGAGAACUCAUUUGAAAACUCACAGUGACCAGAAGAACUUCUCAUGUGACCUAUGCGGGACCUCAUUUCGCACAAAAGGCUCCCUGAUUCGUCACAACCGUCGUCACACAGAUGAGCGGCCGUAUCGCUGUACCCUAUGUGGCCAGUCCUUCAGAGAGUCAGGUGCCCUCACCAGACACCUUAAGGCCCUCACACCCUGCACAGAAAAGAUCCGCUUUGUUCAGUACAAGGAGAUCUUGGUCAGCAAAGAUGGAGUACAGAAAGGAGUUGAAGAUGAUCACGCUGCAGUGGCUGGGCAGCAGCAUGAGGUAGUGGUUGUGGAGCAGCAGCCAGAGGAUCAGGAGAUGGUAGAGGCUCAGACUGCUGUUGUCAGCGUGGUAGAGGCUGGUUCCCAAGAGGUCCUCCAUCAGGUCCACUUCACAAUGGAGGUGAAUGGAACGACGCAGGAGCAACAGGUUGUAGUAGAGCAAUCUCAAGCAGAAGCCCUAGCUGCUGCUGCAGCAGCAGGCAACAACCUCAUCUGCCAGGCCAUUAUCAACUCUGGCAUUGCACUGGGGACGGAAGAAGCCGUGGUUCAGGAGACCUCGCAGGCAACUGAGGAGAUAGAUAAAGUAGUUUCUGAGUGCCCUGAUGCUGAUGAGAGUAUCACUGAGAUCCAGGUUAAAGAAGAGUUUGUGGAGAUGGAGGCAGAGGAAGCAGGUGAUGGUGAUGAUCAAACAACCUUAAAAUUGCACAUGUGUCCACACUGUAAUCGCUCCUUCAAGGGGCUGAAUUACUUCCGUUUUCAUGUCAAGGGCCAUAUGGGUUACAAGCCUUUUAAGUGCACACUUUGCCAUAAGGAGUUUCUAACUGGUUACCUGCUGAAGAAACACAUGGAAGUCCAUGUCAGUGAGAGGAGGUACAAGUGUGGUGAGUGUGGCAAGCUGUACAAAACCAUCGGGCAUGUACGUGAGCACAUGAGGGCCCACUCAGAUGAAAGACCCUACCGCUGUGCCAGAUGCAAUAAGGGCUACAAGACCAAGAAUGCCUUGCAGGUGCAUCAGCGGACCCAUGGUGACGAGAAACCUUAUGUGUGUCAGUUCUGCUUGAGAGGCUUCAGGGAGAAAGGCUCUCUGGUGCGACAUAUCCGCCAUCACACCGGAGAGAAGCCUUUCAAGUGCCCGAAGUGCGGGCGAGGCUUUGCUGAGCAUGGGACUCUCAAUCGGCAUAUGCGUGCAAAAGGAGGAUGCCAGAAGGACGAUUCCAGUGAGCAGCAGGAUGCGAUAACGGAGGAGCAGGCGUCGGUGGACAGCCUCGCUACAGAAGCCAUUAACUCAGAGGAUCCUCAUGCUGUCCUGGUGGAAUUCUCCUCAGUGGUGGCAGACACACAGGAGUACAUCAUCAAGACUCAAACAGAGGAGGAGGUGCAGGAGGAAGAGGUUACACUCAUUCAAGACAGCCAAAAUGAGAUGGGAAACCACAUCAUGAAAGUUGUGCAGCGAAUCGUCAGCCAGUCACAUGCCGCCGGCGGCACAGGCAGCCACCAGAUCAUUGUGCGCAAUGUGGCGAUGAACGAGGAGGGCGCAUCCAUCUCUGACUGCGGUGACACCAUCACCAUCGCUACACCUGAGAGCCUGACGGAGCAGGUGGCCAUGACGCUGGCCUCCGCCAUCAGUGACGGCACGCUACUGGCCACGGCGGGCACCGUGGAGACGGCAGACGGAACAGUUACUAUGGUUACCACAGAGGAAGCAGUGGAGGAGGGAAUACAGAUGGUGCAGCAGCAAGAGGAAUAUGUCAUCACCUCCCCAGAGGAGGUGGAGAUUCAGACUGUCAUUAUAUGAUCAAAGAGGAUACUAACUGUGGACUGAUAGAUUUGGCUGGACUGUACCUGUGUAGCCGAUAGAGUUUAUAUGAGCCUCAUGUGUGAGAUUUGAUUACGAAACAAAGGCCAAAGUGUUUAUAAUGUUUAUAAUUACAGAAAUGGAACAACCUAACACAGAAAAGUCUGUGUGAAACAUCAAGAAUGAGUGUGGACUAGUUCUAUUGUGUAUUUAAUUUUAAAUUAAUUGCUUUACUAAAAUGAAGCACUUCAUUCAGUAGGUUAGCUGCUUUUUUAUCUUUUAGGUGCAUACAGUUUAAAAGAAUAACCAAAAUAAUUUAGUAAGGUUUUCAUUUUGAAGGCCUGAACAGAUGCAUAUUUCUUUUUAGGUGGUACAAACGGAACAUGUCUUUGCCUUCAUCUGUUGUAGCCUUGUCUCCUUUUUUUUGCUGCAGUCAAAAAGUGACAUUCCUUCUUACUUUUGCUACCUUAAACGGCAUCAUUCCAUCACAGUUUUUUUACUUCUGAUGUCUGGGUCGGCUAUAGUACAAGUUUUGAAACUCUUCAUCUCCAAAUUGAAAUUUGUUGCCCUUUUAAA